GUUUAUUAGUCAUUCAUGUCAAAGGGAUUGUGUCUAUCGAGGACUACAUUCCAAUAAUUUUUAUUAUAUUUUGAUAGAAAAAAGGCAUUUUUGCAAUGAAAUGGAGGGACCGAAUACAAGAGAAAUCAUUAGUUGUGCAUGUUGUCUGAACGAUAUCGGAGAUGAAGAUUACGUAUCGGCACUCGGCCAGGAGUGGCACAGAGACUGUUUUCGAUGCUCAGAAUGUGACGCCCAGUUGACGACAUGGUACUUCGAGAAGAGCGGAAUGCUGUUCUGCCAGGCGGAUUAUUGGUCGAGAUACGGAGACAAUUGUCAACAAUGCAGCCAGGUGAUAACCGGACCGGUGAUGGCGGCGGGAGAGCACCGUUUCCACCCAGAAUGUUUCGCAUGCGCUUCCUGCGGGGCUCAUCUCGAGGACACGGAACCCUACGCGCUACUCGACCGUUCCGAACUCUACUGCGGCGCGUGCUACACGGAGUGGCUGCGGCGCGGGCGGCACGACGCGCACACCAUCCGCGUGCUGCGCGCGCCCGCGCACGCGCUGCGCCUCGCGCCCGACGCCUGCGGAGCCUUCCUCGUUGCGCAGAUCGAUUCAAGCUGCAACAUGUUGACUCUACACAUCGGGGACAAAGUUUUGGAGGUGAAUGGAACGCCGGUGCGGAACAGACCUUUAUCUGAAAUUGAAAGGGUUCUAGCCAGGCCUGAAAUUAUACAGCUGACGAUUGAGCACAAUCCAGACACAAUAAAUGCCAAACGCGGCUCCAUAGACGUCAAAAAAAAAUCAGAAGAACUUAAGUUAACGCACGAAAAAAAAACGCCGGUCGAAAAGAAUAUAUUUAAAGAAGACUUAAAGAAAAACAUUCCCAAUAAGCAUUCCAAUGACGAAAAGAGUAAAGAAGAGAUCAGAGUGCGGAGAGAGAGAUUAUUUAAAAGGAAGGGAGAGGAUGGCGGUAAAGUUAGAGUGAUAAAGAAAAGACAGGUCCCGUCCUCUCCUCUACUAGGAGAUAAGGAGAGAAGCAGUAGUAUGUCGAAAUUGUUGGAUGUCAACGUGGAGGGCGACGAGGUGGACGGCGUGCUGGGAGACCUCAGCCGAGCGCGCUCGUUCCGCACGCAGGCCGCGCCCGGUCAGGUCUUCCGCGCCUCCGACCUGCUGCAGGGCGAGCUCCUCGGUAUGGGGUUUUUCGGGCAAGUGUACAAGGUGACGCACCGCGCCACCGGCGAGGUGAUGGUGCUGAAGCAGCUGUACCGGGUGGACGAGGAGGCGCAGCGGAACUUCCUCAAGGAGGUGGCCGUGCUGCGCUCGCUGCGGCACCGCAACGUGCUGCGCUUCGUGGGCGUGCUGUACCGCGACCGGCGCCUGCACCUGGUGACGGAGUACGUGGCGGGCGGCACGCUGCACGCGCUGCUGCAGGACGGCGCGCGUGCGCUGAGCUGGGGCGCGCGCGGCCGCCUGGCGCGCGACGUGGCGGCCGGCGUGGGCUACCUGCACCGCCGGAACGUCAUCCACCGCGACCUCAACUCGCACAACUGCCUCGUCCGCCCGGGGGAGGAGCUGACGGUGGUGGUGGCGGACUUCGGGCUGGCGCGCAUCGUGCAGCGCACCGCGAGCAGCGCCCUGCCGAAUGCGUCCCUUCGCCGCAAGCGGUACACGGUGGUCGGCAACCCGUACUGGAUGGCUCCGGAGAUGAUGAACGGCAACGUUUACGAUGAGAAAGUCGAUGUCUUCUCCUUCGGCAUCAUACUGUGUGAGAUCAUAGGUCGAGUGUCGGCGGAUCCGGACUUCCUGCCGCGACGCGGGGACUUCGGCCUAAACGAGCGUGCCUUCCAGGAGGCCUUUUGCGCCGCCUGCCCCGAACCCUUCUACCGCCUCGCCUUCCUCGCCUGCCAUCUUGACCCUGACGCCAGACCACCGUUUGAAGUAAUCGAGAUCUGGCUGGAGUCCCUAGUGAUGCACCUGCAGCGGCCGGGCCCGCUGCCGCCCACCCUGCUGGCCGACAUCCUGCAGUACGCGCACGGCGCCAACGAGCACGGCCACGCCACGCCGGAGUGCUGCCAGCAAGAGGACAACGGCAUCUUCUAUGUCAACGAGGAGCAGUGUGGCCACUGCGGCGGGCUCCGGCGCAACACGAGCAAAGCUAGUGGCGACUGGUCGCAGGGAGUCAUCAAGUCGGCGUCGCACGCGGCGCUGGCGCGCGCGGGCGGGCAGGCGCUGGGCAAGUGCGUGUCGGCGAGCCACCUGCCGCCCGCGCGCGCGCCCGCCCCGCGCCUGUCGCGCAGCGCGCACGCGCUGGCGCCCGGGUACAUCCUGCGCGCGCACGGGACCUCCAUCAACAUCACCAAGGUGGACGACAUCUCGGAGUGGCUGGAGCCCCCGCCGCCGCUGAAGCGAAGCAGUCCCGACGGUCACCUCAACGACCUGCUCGGCGACAAUAAGACCAGAAAAUUGCACGAGGACGGUCAUCUGCCGUGCUUCCUCCGCAAUCAAUCCGUCGAAGGUCUCGAGACGUCGUCCAAGCACGAGGUCGACUCCGCCUUUCCGUUCUGUAGGCAUCAGAGCAUACCCGGUCACUGUGAAGAUCGAGAUGACUCCGAUUCAUCCGAAGACGAUUUCUUCGUCGACUCGACGGAAUCCAAGAUAAACCUCGCUGAUAUCGUCAAAAAAGGAGGAAACUUUCUGUCGAGAAAGGCCAGCUACGAUGUUACAGAUGUCACGCUGAGACACGAAGGAGAAAGGAAUAUCGACCGAGAUGAUUGCCGGAGGUUCAACAUAGACUACUUGACAAACUCGCCGCUCAUGAUGAAAGCUGUCGAAAAUAUUUCAAAAGCUUCAGAUGUACCCAAACCCGUCGAAAAGACGACAUUCUUUGCAAAGAAAAUAUUGUCCCCCAAACUUAGUAGGUUGUUUAAACCAAAUACAGCCGAAGUGGUCAGGAAGCAGGAGUGCGAUGAAUCCAAAGAUGAGAGGUCCAGGAGUAAAUUUUUCAUUCAGCGACCGAUUUCUCCUAGUAUAGGGAGGACGAACCACAGGGUCCGACCUGCAGAAGAGGAAAAGAAUCCAAACCUGAGCCAAGAAGUAUUAAAGAGUGAUCUGAAGUUGGCCACUUUGGGCAAACCUAUGACGCCAAUAUUUCGACGUCAUUUGCAGUCUGAAAGACAAGACUUUACCGGUAGGUUCAGCUAUCGAGACCGCAGAUACGAACCAAAAACGCAGGAUAAAUAUAAUGAAACCGGUCGAAGCAGGCUCAAAGCAAAUCCGGUUGAAAAAAAGUUGACUCAAUUAAACCGUAACGCUCAAAACAACGUGCCGCUGCUGGCCCCCGUGAUUGAAAAAGAUAAGUUAAGUAUUGAAAAAGAUAAAGAUAAAAUUGUUCCGAAACGUCGCGAGAUCGGGAUAUCUCGUAGUAACUACGUUAAGUUAGCUAAUUUAAGGAUUAGCAAGGAACUAGGGCAGGUGGUUAAAGAGUAGUCUAAGGGAAACAGGCGAUAUUUCGUCUUUCGAAAGAAUAAUUUAGUAAAUAGUUUUAUUUAGAACGAAACAUAUUGCAAUGUGGCGUAAAUCGAAUGGGUGGAAUGCAAGAGCUUAAUAAAAUAUAAAUGAAGAGAAAAGUUUAUUAUUGAUGUUGACAAAAAUAUGAAAGCAAUAAUUACUUUGAUGUAAUUUCGUUCGAAACCCGUCUCUUGCACGAACGAGGCUUUAUUGCAAUGUGUAUCGGUUUCGGUGCUAUUCCGGUGGCUAACUUGAUGUUAUUCAAGGAAAUAAUAUAUUCUUUAUCCAUAAUCCCGUUUUUAUCUAUUAAUUGAUAAUCUCUUAAUAAUGUCCAUCUUGCCUCUGAACUAUUAACAUAUUGUAACAACCUUAAGUUGAUCACCGGUUAUCGUAGCAUUCAAAUUAACGAUGGAGUCCUAUACAUGCAUUUUAAAUUUCGUUAAAAUAUUAAAAACGCAUUACAUAGCUUUCUAAUUGUAAGGAAACUAUUUCUUUUAAAGAAAAACUAUGUUACAAGGGAGCGUUAGAAUAUAAUAUUUGAAAUAUUCAUGUAUAGACUCGAUCAUUACGUAAAAUCUUGCCAAUUUGUAUAAACACUAGAUAUACAAACGUUGAAUUGUUGUACUUAUACAAUUGCUUCGGUUCGCUCGUUAACCAAAAACAUGCCGAGCCACUUUGUUAAAAAUUUAGUGAAAUUAGCGCUUCUAUACCGUGUAACCCGCUUUAGAAUAGUCUAAAUAAUUAUCAUCUCGAAUCCGCCAUCUUUGAUUUUGUAAUUUCAAAUCUCGUAUUUAAUAGUGACUUCAAUUUUAUACAAAAUUAUUAUAUCGUGCUUAAUAUUUUAUAUUAUUUGUACAAAAAUACCGAUGCCAAAAUAGAAUAAUUAAUUGAAUCUCAUAUUAAAUAUUUUCUCGCAUUUCGUAGUACUAUAGAUUUAGAGAAGUAUCGUAGUUAUAUAUUCGGACAUUAUUUACCAUUGUUUUCAUAAAGUUUCACAUUAUUUUACCAUUUUCAUAUACGAUUUUUCGUAGUCAAAAAUGUAGUAUAAUAUACGAAGAUGAAUUUAGAUACUCAGCGUGAAUAAAAAUGUAAACAAAUGGUUGUAAGUCACAAUAAUAAGAGUGGUACGAUAUAAUGGAGUGUGUUCGUAUUAGUUGUGCAAAAUGAUAAAAAUAUUUUCAUACUCAGCUAAUUCAGUCCAUAAGUCGAUCGCUAGAAGUUUGAACUGCAAUUCCUCAAUAAUAUAUUUAGCGCCAGAUAUGUAAGAACAAACGAUUUUGCAGAGUUUAUUUUGUAUUCGAUUCACUGUAAUUUGAAAUGUUUUAUAAAUUUAGUGCAAGUCACGAGGGUUAAUUGUAGAUAGAAGUUUUGGGUCUGGUAAAUAUAUUUUUUAUUUAGAAUGUCCAUUACUUUAUAUCGUUGAAUGUAGUCCAGUUGUAACGGCCGUGAUAGUAGUGCGUACCCAAGUGUAGGCGGUGCCUUUUCACAAGACUGCGUAGUGGUCGGCUUAUAUCAACUUUCUUAAUAACCAAACCAGGGUCGGAUUUAAAUUGAAGCCGUAAACCCAAGAACCGGGAACCUAUAACAUUUUUUAAUUAGCUUCUUUUUUUUUCUAAAAAUCAAAGUACUAAGACCUCGAGACUAGAGCCCAUAUUGCCGUUUCCGAAAUCCGACCUUGACCAGGUGCUUAAUGUCAGACGUACACAUGUCUUAUUAGUGCUACAAUUGUAUGUUUCUUCGUAGAGCAGAACUUGUUUAUUUAAUUGAAAUAUUACUAGUGAAUAAAAUUUUAUUAGAUAAUAUUUUGUACCGAUGAAGUUUCAAAUAUGAUUUUACAAACAUACAAAGUGUACUUAAAAUAAUAAAUAGCCUUUUAAACAAAAAAAAUCACGCCAACUCAAAUGUUUUUACGUUGAUUUUGACACCGACUUAGGGUAAAUUUUUAUACCUAUAUACAAAUGUUAUAUUAUGAUCCAAGUGGCUAUACAUACGGUUUUUUGUAAAAAUAAUAAUCAUAUAAAAAGUUUAAUAGUAUAGAUUUUAUACUACAAGACUACUUUCUAUAAACAAAUGUAUUAUAAAAAAAUCCUAAAAAAAUUGCAUUUAAGUAAAAUCGUGAAAUUCCGAACCAGAUUUGUUUGCUUAUUUGAGUGAGUUUAUGACAUCGUGGUGUCUUACUAAGUGAAAUAUUAAUAUAUUUAAAAAUAAUUUAUCAAUUAUUUUGUUAUAAAAAUACAUUACGUGCAAUUUAAGUUGGCUGGGACUGAGAGGAUUUACACUGAAGAUGCGAGCUCGUUAUUUUUAAAUACACGACUGGCAUCUCGGAGAAUCCUAUCUUAAUGCCAGUCAAGUUAGAGUGCGUGUAUUGUAUAUUCCUAUGAUUGGUAGAACAUUAUCGACUUCUGUAAUACAAAGUCUAUCAACUAGGUAGCUAGAUUUCUUUAGUAAAUUAUAUUUUAAAUAUAUAUAAAUGUGUUACUCUAAAGAAGCGGUACGUCGAUUGAUUUACAUAAUUAAGAACAAAAUUUUAAGAAAAUUGUAUCUGAAAUAUUAAUAUUUGAUUAAAUUAUUAGUAUUCAAACGUUACUUGUAAAUUAACAAAAUUAAUUUAUUAACAUUCAAAAUAUUCGUUUUAAGUUUUUUAUACGUAUUUUUAAGGCUGAUAUUAUUCUGUGACACAGGGUGCCAUUUUUAUUUUAUAAUUUGUAUAAGUUCUCAAAAUAAACAUUAAAUGUUGUUUAAGUGCACCCAGACAAUUAUGUUAUUUAAUAACUAUUUGAUCUUGAUAUUAUUGCUUAUAAUGAGCAGGUGACUCUUUUUUGCAUUUUAAAUAGAUUUUGUAUUCGUUUAUUAACGUGGAUCUGACUUGAUCUACAAUAAGGUGAAAACAAGAACACAACGUUUCAAGGUUUAUGUAACGUUUAGCGUGUAUUCCAUUUUUAAAUCAACAAGAAUCUCUGAAAAUGUAAUAAACGGAAGAAGGCGCUUUACGCAUCUCAAUUAUCUCGACAAAAACUCGUGCUCAUGUUUACUUUAUCUGUGAUACAUUUUGUUUGUAAAACGUCGCAAUAACAAGUAUUAUAGGUGUCUCAUAGUUUAUAAAGGGAUUCAUUAAUUUUAAUUGAGAUAACAUUAACAUAUUAACCGCAGUAACAUCGACAUCUCCGUCUCCCUGCAUUCCAGACGCCUUUAGUUGUUUGUAAGUACAAAGAAUAAAGGAAUAUAUUCAAUA